UUAAGUUUGACAUAGCCUGCUCAUGUAAUCAUCCAGCUGUGACUGCAUGCACACUUUGUUGUUUACCAAUAGACAACGCACGUGCCACUAUGAACAUAGUAUGCGGUCAGUGGGCCAACUGAGUCAUUGACUGGAACACGGCAAAGAUAUCCAGAUAAAAUUCCAUGACACAAUGGCCUUAUUCUUUGCUGCACGGCUCCACCUACAGACAAAGGCUGGCAGAGGAGUCAGCCACCCUGUCCUUCCUGGAGAUGUCACAGGCCGAGAGCUGGAAAACACAAGCGUUCAUUCACAUGCCCUCCUCUACAUGUCCCUUGUGCCGCCCAGUACAGGGCAGUGUUGCCUGAACGCCACACUGGCUGGUCGGUAUGGCUACUCCUCCCAGAUUAUCCACAAUGCACUGGAUCCUCCUCAUCAUCAUCUCAGCUGACAGCUCCACCACAACAGCAUUUCAAGUGACGGAGGGUAGCACUGUGAUUUUGCCUUGCCAUUACUCUAUAAAACUUCACGGUUUGAGUCACGUAUGCUGGGGACGCGAAUGUGGAACCUUCUGGUGCAACGACAUCCUUGUACAAACAGAUGAGAACGGUGUGAUUUCUAAAGUUUCAGACAGGUACCGGCUCAUUGGAGACGUGUUGUCAGGACAAAUGGACCUGGGGAUCCAAAGAAUACAGCAGACUGACAGGGGACCGUACUGCUGCAGAGUGGACAUCGAAGGUUAUUUCAAUGACAAAAAGGUGUCUUAUACUCUGAAGGUCAUGAAAGCCAGAACAACUGUUCUGACAACAACUUCAACCAUGCCCACCACAGAGCCAAUGGAGACACAGACCUUGUCACCAGUGUCGGAUCAGCCGAGAGAGGCAGACUCACCACUUUCUGACAUUUCCUGGCCAAAUGUCACCCAAGAACAUUCAGGGGUAAUGAUUGAGGAGCCUAUGUCCAGGAUCGCACUACAGAUCAACAUUCCUGUGCUGUCUCUGUCUCUCAGUCUGUUGCUGCUCCUCUUAGGAGCCCUGGCCCUUUUGACCUUCAAACGUGGAUUUUAUGGGAAGGCACUGGAUAGUGGAUGCUUCUCAAAGGAGCCACGGCACAUUAUUUAUGAAAUACGGACAAGACGGCCAGUGGAGGAGAACAUCUACAUUCUGGAAUAAAAGCAAAUCCAAACUGAUUCUGUUAAGUUUUAAUCUCAAGAGAUAGUUCACAAACACACAAAAAAGUGAAUAGGAACUAAAUCAAAAAAGUAGUAAAUAUGACUACUUUUGAGCUUUGUGUCAGUUGUGUAUAUAGAGUGGCAUUAUGGGGGAUUAUAUUGAUAUUUAAUUUCUGGGUAUUCCAAUUAUUUGGUAAAUUAUGUAUCCUACACAUUCUUUGAUGUUUGUUUGUUUCCUUUACAUUGCUAUAAAUGUAUUAUAUAAUAAAAUAAUCUUGAAUGUUUACUAUU